AUGAAUUUGAACGUUUUCAGCACUUCCUCUUUGUAGGCCGUUUUAAAAACAGGAAGCUUGCGUGUUAGGAAAGAACAAUUGUUUCGCCGAUGUCUAGUAAUCACAUGGUGUUAAACUUUAUUCAGCGUCGAAAUCUCUAAGUUUUGCAUCUGGGACUCCAGAUCAUGGCUGACACUUUGGAGAAUAACUCCGAAUGCCCUUCAUCAUCUGCCGCGAAAGAAGCUCCAGCAGGGGGUCUGAGCAUGCUGGAGAGCUCGAUGCAGGAGAACCGGGAAGAUGGCCAGGUUAUGUUUGAAGACUCUGUGUUUGCUGGUUAUCUGCAGGAAGGACUGCACAGUCUUCGGCUGGAGGACAGUUUAACAGACGUCAGUCUCCAUGUACAGGGCCAGAGCUUCCAUUGCCAUCGCGUGGUCCUUGCUGCAGCCAGUCAUUAUUUCAGAGCAAUGUUUUGUAAUGACUUGAGAGAAAAACAUGAAGAAAAUGUAAACCUUAAAGGCCUCGAUGCUGACACCAUGAGAAUCCUGUUAGAAUACACUUACACCAGCAAAGUCACCAUUACCAAGGACAAUGUUCAGAAAAUGCUUGAGGCAGCCAGCCUUUUUCAGUUUCCGCGUAUAGUGGACGCCUGUGCCAGUUACUUAGCCGAAGCCCUAUACCCGGAAAACUGUGUGGGCAUCCUUCAUCUAGCUGACGUCCACUCGUUGGAGUCUUUGAAAGUCCAAGUCCACACCUACAUUAUCCAAAACUUCUCUCAAGUAGUGGAGCAUGAUGAGAUCCUGGAGCUUCCUGUCGAUGUGCUGGUCAGUCUGCUUCAGCAUGAUGAGUUGGGGGUAACGGAGGAGGAACAGGUGUUUGACGUGGUUAUACGUUGGGUCAGGGCUCGAGAGGAUGAAAGGCUGGCUCUGCUGCCGCGUGUUCUCGCACACGUACGACUGCCCUUGUUGGACCCGUGGUACUUUGUAGAAAGGGUGGAAGGAGACCCGCUGAUCCGCCAGUGUGCCGAGGUGUUCCCACUGCUGCAGGAGGCCCGGGUUUAUCACCUCUCAGGGAAAGAGGUCAGUUUUUCAAAGGUGAUCUCAGAGCGCACCAAACCAAGAGUGCGGGAGUUCCAGUCUGAGGUGUUUAUGAUCAUCGGAGGAUGCACAAAGGAAGAGAAGUUUGUAUCUGAAGUGACCUGUCUGGACCCACUACGCAGGAGCCGCUUAGAGGUCGCAAAACUACCAAACACGGAGAUGGAGUCUGAGAAUGAAAAUAAGAAGUGGGUGGAGUUUGCGUGUGUCACUUUCAGAAAUGAAGUCUAUAUAUCGGGUGGCAAGGAAACACUGCAUGAUGUGUGGAAGUAUAAUGCAUCGCUGAACAAAUGGAUCCAGAUAGAGUUCCUCAGCACAGGACGCUGGAGACACAAGAUGGCAGUUGUUGGAGGAAAGGUGUAUGUUUUGGGUGGCUUUGAUGGAACGCAGAGAUUGAACAGUGUUGAAGCUUAUGAUCCAUUUCAUAACUGCUGGACAGAGACAGCGCCGCUCAUGCUGAGUGUAAGCUCCUUCUCUGCUGCCAGCUAUGACAAAUGCAUCUAUGUGAUAGGUGGAGGCCCCAAUGGCAAGCUAGCCACAAACAACAUGCAAUGCUUUGAUUCCACAUCAAAUAAAUGGAGCUUAAAAUGCCCAAUGCCGACUGAGGCCAAAUGCACAAAUGCAGUGACGUUUAAGGACGCCAUAUUUGUUGUUGGUGGCGCGAUGAAGGCCUUGUACUCCUACAGUCCUCUUGAAGACUCCUGGACGCUAGUAAUCCAGCUGGGCUGCGAGAGGGCCAGCUGUGGCAUUGCUGCUUGUAAUAACAAGCUCUUCAUCACUGGUGGCAGAGACGACAAGAAUGAGGUGAUUGCUACCGUUCUUUGCUGGAACCCGGACGCAAAAAAGUUGACUGAGGAGUGCGUGCUUCCACGUGGAGUAUCUCACCAUGGUAGUGUGACUCUCAGGAAGUCCUACACACAUAUACGCAGGAUAACGCCUGGAACAGCCACCGGAUGACAGCAACUGCUUCAGAGACUACAAUUUUACUCUAAUUUGAGAUGUGAAAAACAUUUUCAGGCCCCAUUUGAUCAGACUUGAGCAGUGUAACUCUGUUACAUUGAUACUGAAAGUGUUCUCUUUUGACAUUUGACUGCGGUUUUUACACAUUUUGUCAAUGCAAAGAAACGAUUGCACUUUAAAAGUCAGACAUUUACAGUACAGCAUUUAUACAUGGAUAUUUUAUACACAGAUAUUUAUUUGGUUGAAGUUAAUAACGUAGGUAUCAUGAACACACAAUGCAAUUGAUUAACCUAGGUUAAUUUUAAUGUACUAACAUUUUUCAAAAAUAAAAGUUCAUACAUUUCUA